UUUAUGCACUUCUUGAUGUGGAUCUGGCACAACCUCAGAAUACGCGUAAUAAAAUAGUACCAAAUACGAAAUAAAUAAGCUCGAAAUUGUUUAGACUACGGCUUUUAAAUUAUGAAAAAGAUAUACCGAAUCUCGAUCGGAAAAAUGUAUCAAUUUGCAGUUUUAAAUAUGAUAUUUUUGGAUGAAAUAUUCGUUUCUAUAUUUCCCGCCAACUUGGCAAAUAUGGCGACAGUUCAUCGUUUCCCGCCAAGGUGCUACGGGUCCUCGUAUGGCGCACCCCAGUUGUGUUAUUGAGGGUUUUCCGUAAUUUUGAGUGAUUUUAUAGUGAGUAUCAUUUGAAAAAUGGGGCAGUCGGACGAUGUUGAAGAUUCUACGUACAGUAGGCAUCAAGAUUUAUGCCAAAAACUCAAUAUGGACGCGACAGCAGCUUCUGAAGCUUGGAAAUCGUACGAGACUAUUCGACAGAAUUACACUCUUGAGGGAGAUCAACUGCAUUGGAUAGGCUGUGCAUUGUACGUUGCGUGUCGAAAGUCAUCGACACCAACGGUUGGUCGAACAGGCCCAAACGUCGAGGGGAACUGCGUGUCAUUGACACGUCUUCUUCAUUUGUGUAAUUUGUCACUGAUACAAUUUUUCACAAAAAGUAAAAACUGGGCAGACAUGGCAAAUAUGCCGCAAGAUUUUAGAUCUAAAAUUGACAAACUUGAGAGGAAUUUUACUGUCUCGAUGCUUAUCUUCAAAAAGUACCAACCCAUUUUCACGGACAUAUUCAAAAAUCCAGCUGAUGAUGUCGCUAGACCCUCCAGAUCUAGGAGGCAGAGAGCAAUGCCAUGUACACCAUCGAGAGUUUUUGAGUUUUGUUGGACACUGUUUGUAUGCAUAAAGGGAGCUUUCCCUGAUAUUUCACAUGAUUUGGUCAAUUUAAAUCAUUUACUUCUUGCCUGCUGCGAUCUGAUUUAUAGCAACGCACUGUUGGCCAACAGGAGAGAUCUGCUCAAUCCAAAUUUUGCUGGUUUACCUGCGAAUUACAACAACGAUGACUACGUACCUCCGGAGACAGCAAACUGUAUUAUAAGUUUACUGUGUGAGACUCGUGAAGGUAUCGCUGUGGAGGCUAAAGUGAUUAAAGAAUAUUACUUGAAGGAUCACAUAAAUAAGUUGUUCAAUGACAAGGUUCUGCGUGGAGAUCAAUCAAACUUCUCAGGUAUCCUGGAGCCGUUAAAUUUUGACGGCAACAGCAAAGCCGUCAACAAAGCAUACGAACAGCACGUUCUUAGUGUCGGUGAUUUUGACGAAAGAAAAUUUUUGGCCGAAUGGAGACGAGUGAGACUGAAUAGAAUCUCGGCCAACGAGAUGCUUAGCAGAGAUAUUACAUUCCGCGGUAAAAUACCCAGGCACUACAAGCUUAAAGAUGCCGACGCCAGUGACAAUAUUGGGUCACCGACAUUAAUUAAUAACGCAGGAGAUUUCCAUGAGAAAUUUACACUUAAGCAUGAACAAUAUGGUGGUCAAAUGCAGCAUUUAGCACCUCCAACUCCACUGACUGGCCGCAAGUACCUGCGAUCCAAAGAUGUAGCGAAUGUAACAUUACUAUCAACAGCAACACAAGGCGUUUGUCGUUUACAAGCGCUCUUAGCUGGUCGUAAGCCGGCACCAAGCGAUACUCUUAAAGAAAUACUAAAUAGUUGUACACAGGAUACCGAAGCGACAAUCGAAGCAAGGGUCAAUGAAAUUGGUGAACAAUUCUAUCGUAAUUACACCCAAAAUACGGAAGACAGUGACACCACAAAUGUGGAUUUUGGUAGAAAACGACUUCAACUAGCACAGACUUUAUUCUACAAACUAUUGGAAACAAUUUUAUCUGAUGAAAAACGUAAAAACCCCAAUUUUGACAUUAUGAACCUAGUGUCGCAAGAAAUAUUUCACCAGUGUCUCUUCGCCUGCUGUUUGGAGAUUGUGAUCUAUUCUUAUAAAAGUCAUAGAUCAUUCCCAUGGAUUUUAACUGCCGUCAAUGUGGAGCCAUACUACUUCUACAAAGUAAUCGAAAUUAUUGUAAGAUCAGAAGAUCAGUUGUCACGUGACAUAGUGAAGCACUUGAAUGUGAUUGAGGAAAAGAUACUAGAAACUCUAGCUUGGAAAAGUGAAAGUCCCUUAUGGGUAGCAAUUGAAAACACCAAAGGAGGCGUACCAAGCUAUGAGGAAGUUUCUUUACCCGGGACUUUACAUUUGGAUACAGUAGAUCCUAAUACACCUGGACAACCUGUUUUGAGACGCUUGGCAUUGGAUAGAGGUAACCAUCAUGAUGUUCAGCAAAGCCCAAUUUCCUCUGCUUCUGAAAGAUUUCAAUCACCAGUGGCAGUUACAGGCUUAGCUAAGAAAAGAUUAUUCUCAGAAGGUAGACUUAGCGGUCAACAGAGUGUUCUUAGAGUCGGCUCUGGGCAAAGUGUGUUGCAAAGUAAACUAUCGUCUGUUGAAGGUGAUCAGAAAUUGCAGUUGGCUCCGAAUCAGAUAACAGUUUUAAAAACAGCGUGUCCAAUCGGCACGAAUACUCCCUUACAACAAAUUUCGGUGAAUAAGGAAUCAGCAAAGGCAAGGCGAAUGGGUUCGGUAGCCUUGUUUUUCAGGAAAUUUUAUCACCUUGCUUGGGUCCGAAUGAAUGACUUAUGCACAAAAUUGGAAUUAAUUGAUACAGAUUUGAAAAAGAAGAUAUGGACAAUAUUUGAAUAUUCUGUAAAAGAUCAAACGGAACUUAUGAAGGAUAGACAUUUAGAUCAAAUAUUAAUGUGCGCUGUAUACGUAAUCUGUAAAAUAGCAAAGCUCGACAGAAAUUCAUUCACAGAGAUCAUGCGAUGCUACAGAUUGCAGCCACAAGCAGAGUCUCACAUUUAUAGAUCUGUUCUCAUUGCUAAGGUUGGUGCAAACUAUAUGAAUGACAGAGAAUUAGAAAUUUGUGAUGAUAAUAUGGAUGAAAAUAACGGUGAUGCUCCACCCACUCCUACUUGUAUGGCUGGCACAUCUCAAAAUUUUGGUACUCAGAUACGAGGAGAUUUGAUCAAAUUUUACAACACGGUUUACGUACCACAAGUGAAAGAAUUCGCAAAUAAAUUUACGUCCAGAGGCGGAUCUACGAAUUUAACUUUGAGUCCUUUACCAAAGAGUAAAUCAACAAUACAGUCACCCGUCAGACGCGUCACGAACAGUGUUAUGACAAGAACACUGGACCCAAAAGCUAUCACAGCCUCACCUGCGCCUCAGCUAAGCUAUUGUUUCAGCCGCAGUCCUGCCAAGGAUCUGGAAGCAAUCAACCGAAUGAUGAUAUCUGUUGAUGCAAGAAAAUCUGUUGGAAAACGCCUUCUAGCUGAUGAUACAACUGUUGAUAUGAAUGCAGCAGAACAAUCUCCUGCUAAGAAAACGACGACCCCUUUUGUUGCCAGAAAAUUGGAGAAUAUAAUAGGUGAACGCCGCACGCAAAGCCAGUAAUAAUUGACCAAUCAAAUUUGUAGUUUGACCUUCUACGUAUACUGAGAGAACAUUCGUGUUUUAAUUGAGAGAGUACCAUGGAAUAUUAGAGAACCAUCUUUAUUCUUUAACAAAGAUAAGUAGAUAAGUUGAAAUAAAUAUAUACAUGUCCAUAUAUAUUUUAUCAUUAAUACCUUUUUUUUUAUUAACGGGAUUACCAUUGACAGUGUUAAUUCAUUGUGAAUUUGUUGUACAGAUUAUGCUUUGAACAAGCGAAAUAAAUUUCCCUUCGUGAAAUUUAUAUGAAAACUAAAGAAUAUAGAUUGUAAGUUGCACAUUGUAAUGUAUUGAAAGCUUUUAUAGUACAUUCAUAUGAGAGGUGGGUGGUUGUAUUCCAUUCUUGCGUGAUGGAAAGCUUUGUCGAAAACAUUGCACAUUCAAUGCAGCAAUAGAAGAGCUAAAUCAAAAAUAUGAAUGAAUUUAAUCUUCUUGUCUUUUUGCAUCUAUUUUAUGUAUCAAUCAAAUCAGAUUUGAAAAUAUUGUAUCCUUGGCUCCAGGCAUAUGAUCACAUUGUUAAUGAAAAUCGAAUUUUUUUUCGAGUAUCUGACAAACAUGAAUUUUGUUUUCAUGCUGCCCACCUCUGUUCGCUCAUGCCUAAUAAUUAAAUUUUCAAUUAUCUCCCAUUAAUAUUAAAUACAUCUGGCAGGCAAAACAAGUCUGUUUGUUGCUUCUACACUAUCUAGAUGAAACCACAUGAGUUCAGAAAAAGUACAAGAAAUCUGUUUGGUGCUUGAGUAUAUGCUACACAGUUUCGUUGCUCCGAUGUAUUGUAUUGCAUAUUGUUUGCUGCUGUGAAAAGCAUGCAACAAAUACAGCUGUGGCAUUCAAAAUUUACACUUAUAGAACAAAUUUAAUGAUUAGGAUGAUUUUACGAUUGAAAAUUUGCACCAGUUUAGACUUUCAUAUCAAUUUCACCUCAACAACAAAGUGAGUCAUGCUUACAAGAAUAUAAAUCUGAAUACAAUUGUAAGGAAUGUUUUCAUCAAUUUACACCUACAACGGACACCAAGAGUUGUAAUACACUCGAUAUGUUUCGUCACACUGAUAUCACAUUACACUCAUAUAAGGUGUGUUGCUACAUUGUGACUUACGAGGUAGUGUAAUAUAUAACCAGCAUCCAGCAGAAUGUAGCUUAAUGUAGUCUAUGCGUUAUAUUUUGUGUAAAAGCAAUCAACAGACAUGAAUAACCGUUAAAAGUAUGUUUAAUUAUAAAAAUAUAAUUGAAUAUUACAUGCGAUUGUCACAGGAAAGAAUAUCGGAGAGUUGUUUUUGCUCUUUGCUCAAUAAUGUUACGUAUCGAGCAAGUGCUGCACAUUCAUGCUAGCCGUAAACAUACAUGUUGGAAAUGGUUUGUAUCGAAAGUUAUAUUCAAUUGCAAAGUUUCGCUGCCAGUAAGCUGAUACUUAUGUAAUAUUUGCCUCCAGCGGGCCGGCUUAUGAUUCUUGUAAAUAGACAAUUUCAUGACUGAAAAUUUGUGAUAUCUGGGGAAAAAAAUGAUAAGGAUCACAGUUUGAACGUUUGACAACGAUUCGUGUUUCAUAAACUUUGUAUUUACUCGAAUGGGAACUCUUUUCCACGCAUAAUAAUGUGUCAUGUUUCGAAUGCGGAAUAAUAAUGCAGAGUGUUUAAUAUUAAGAUCUGUUCUUUUCUCGUUUCUUUUUUUCUUCUGUGUUCAAUUUAACAUCAAUGUUUGAGUAAUGGUACAAAGUGAACAGUAUGACUAUUUGGGUAGUCGAUAUAUUUUUUUUCUUAAUUUAUUAAAAUAGUAAAAGAUGGAUUCCACCUAAUAUCCAACUUAAUUCAAUGAAUGUAUUUUUAAAUAACUCAAAUUCGUUUAACAACCAUUUAUAUACCCUUGUACAAAUUAAGAUACUUUGACUGAAUAUUUUAUCUGGUUGCAAGAAAAGUUUGCGUUCAUAACAGCAGCAUUGUACCAAGUGUGUAUAUCUUAUUAAAGGAAAACAUUUUAUUAUUA